AUGAAGCUCCUCACAUCAACUCUCCUCUUGGGAGCGGUUACUGCUCAACAGAAGGUGUUACAGAACCCAAGCGCUCAAAGCCCUCUCCAGCAAGCUGCGAAGCCCGUCAGCGAAGCAUGGUCGAAGACACUCGGCUCUCUAGCAGAGUCGAUGCACGAGAUGACCGGCGAGGUCAAGGCUAUCUGGGACGAAGUCACCAUGCACUUCCCAGAAGCCAUGGAGAAGGCGAACUUCUUCUCUGCUCCAAAGCCACAUACCAGAAAGCCAGACAGCACAUGGGAUUACGUUGUAAAGGGCGCCGAUGUGCAAAGUGUCUGGGUUGAGAACUCAAAGGGAGAGAAGGAGCGAGAGAUUGAUGGAAAGCUUGAUACCUACAAUCUCAGAGCCAAGAAGGUUGAUCCUUCAAAGCUCGGUGUUGAUAAAGUCAAGCAAUACAGUGGUUACCUUGAUGACGAGGCAAAUGAUAAGCAUUUGUUUUACUGGUUCUUUGAGUCACGCAACGAUCCUAAGACUGACCCCGUCGUCCUCUGGCUCAACGGAGGACCCGGGUGCUCAUCUCUGACUGGUCUUUUCCUUGAACUUGGUCCAGCAUCAAUCGACAAGAACUUGAAGCUCUCCAACAACCCUUACUCGUGGAACGCGAAUGCAUCCGUUAUCUUCCUCGACCAACCAGUCAACGUCGGUUACUCAUACAGUGGCGGAUCUGUUAGCAACACAAUUGCCGCUGGAAAGGAUGUCUACGCACUCCUCACACUCUUCUUCAAACAGUUCCCAGAAUAUGCCACUCAGGAUUUCCACAUUGCUGGCGAAUCUUACGCCGGUCAUUAUAUCCCCGUCUUUACCUCUGAGAUCUUGGCACACAAGAACCGCAACAUCAACUUGAAGUCGGUCUUGAUCGGCAACGGUCUUACUGAUGGUCUCACCCAAUACGAGUACUACAAGCCAAUGGCAUGUGGAAAGGGUGGCUAUCCAGCUGUCCUUGAUGAGAGCGAAUGCCAGGCCAUGGAAAACGCACUUCCUCGUUGCCAGAGCUUGAUCCAAAACUGCUACGAUAGCGAGAGCGUCUGGUCAUGUGUUCCAGCAAGCAUCUACUGCAACAACGCUAUGAUCGGUCCUUACCAAAGAACUGGCCAGAACGUUUACGAUAUCCGUGGAAAGUGUGAGGAUUCCAGCAACCUUUGCUACUCAGCUCUUGGGUGGAUCAGCGAAUUCCUCAACAAGAAGGAAGUCCAGGCUGAGCUUGGUGUUGAAGUUAGCACAUAUGACAGUUGCAACUUUGACAUCAACCGAAACUUCCUGUUCCAAGGUGACUGGAUGCAACCGUUCCACCGUCUUGUGCCAGGUAUUCUCGAGCAGAUCCCUGUCCUUAUCUACGCUGGUGACGCUGAUUUCAUUUGCAACUGGCUCGGUAACCAAGCCUGGACUGAGGCUCUCGAGUGGCCUGGACAGAAGAAGUUCAACGCUGCCAACAUCAGUGACUUGGCCCUGGAUACUGGAGAUAAGUAUGGAAAGUUCAAGACCAGCGGAAACUUCACCUUUAUGCAAAUCUUUGGCGCCGGCCACAUGGUUCCUAUGGACCAGCCUGUCGCAUCAUUGGAUUUCCUCAACAGAUGGCUUGGUGGUGAGUGGUUUUAA